AUGGCUCGGGGAAAUCGUGCGCAAGUGAUUGUUAUUGGCGCUGGCCUGUCAGGUCUCACAGCUGCAGCAGAAUUAAACCGUCAAGGCAUCGAUGUCAUUGUACUUGAGGCAUCAUCCAAGGUGGGUGGAAGAGUGAAUUCCGCCACCACCAGCCUCGGGUCACACCUGGAUCUUGGGGGGCAAUGGAUUGGGCAUGGACAUCAUCGCAUCACUGCUCUGGUAAACAAGGCGAAGGGUACGACAUUCCAGACCUUCACACGCGGUCUACCGACACUUGCUCGCGACGGUCGCACCGUGUCUCUCUUCUCACCGUCUGUCAUUCUCGCGAUGAUUUAUCUCGCCUUCCUCGAGUUGGUGAGCAGGAUCUACGUUCCUCAAGGUUGGAUCACUGUCACUGUGGACAAAGCGAUUGAAACCUUGGUCCCCUUGGAAAUGGCCCGACAAUUCCUUCGUCUGCUCGUUGCCGUGUCUUCUACCGCUGAAUUGGGCUUAACAUCGGUCUACAGCUUUGCAACGGCGAUCCCUCGAUCGGGAGGGCUCUUGACGAUGCUAGGGACACGGGGUGGGGCUCAAGACACCUUGGUUGUGGAAUCCAUGGGCAUCACUACAUCCAUGUUGGCCAGCGAGCUCUCUCAGAACAUUUUCACCGACAUGCCGAUCACAAGUAUAUCCCAAAACCAGAGCGACAACGUGAUGGUGCGUACAGCGUCAGGCCGAGAAUUCCACGCCAGGAAGGUCAUAAUCACGGUUCCGCCACCCAUGUUGCAAAAGAUCACAUUCGAUCCGCCGCUGCCCGUCGAACGGACGGCACUGCAGAAAAACACCCGCAUGGGCGUUGUCUACAAAGCCAUCGCGGUCUUUGAGAAGCCCUUCUGGCGCGAUGGAUUGGGCGGAGAAUUCCUGAUCCUUGACGACCCGGCAUGCGGCGUCUUUGACACUUCUUCACCCGGAGGCCCUGGUCACUUGUGCUUCCUAGUCGCCGGCACCCCGGCACGCCAGCUCGACAUGCUGGAUGCCAACACGCGGCGUGAAUCGCUGUUGAGUCGACUUGCGCCACAUCUGGGGCAUCGAGUCCUCCAGCCUGUGGAUUGGCACGAGAAAGCCUGGCAUUCGGAUGAGUACUGCGGUGGCGGGUAUCUGGCAUAUGCGACUGUUGGCACCACGGAGGGUCUUCUGCCCAUGCCUCAUAAGCCAACCAACAACUUGCACUGGGCCGGAACAGAGACGGCGGAAGAGCACCCUGGGUAUCUGGAAGGAGCCAUACAGUCCGGCGAGCGUGCCGCCUGUGAAGUCGCUCGCGCUCUUGGUGGUGAAGUCCACAGUAUCAAAUAG